AUGGUUCCCCUUGAUCUGAUUGGCAACAUGGUAAUAAGGUAUCCACACCAGAACACCUUCAAUGAACAGCCAUGUACUAACCUUGUUCCUGACAUUGUCGUUCACACCAGCUUCCUCUCUUGUGUCCCACUUCUCCUGAGACUCACAUUCAUCUGGCUAGUUGAUGAAUCCAGCAAUCCUUUAAGGAAGCUGGAUUCUGAUGAUCUAUUAAGUAAGGUCAAAGUAUUACCAUUGAAAUUUACAGAGUUACUGUUGGCAAUUACCAACUGUGAGGAGAGGCUCAGCCUGUUUAGAAACAGAAUUCGACUAACUAAAGGUUUCCAGGUAGAUGUGGGCAGCCCUGUGAAAGUACAGCUGCGAUCUGGGGAAGAGAAAUUUCCAGGAGUUGUGCGCUUCAGAGGACCGUUAUUAGCGGACAGGACAGUUUCGGGGAUUUUCUUUAGAGUAGAAUUGCUGGAAGAACGUUGUGGCCAAGGUUUCACUGAUAGGGUAUAUCAAGGGAAACAGAUUUUUCAGUGUGAUGAAGAUUGUGGCGUGUGUGUGGCAUUGGACAAGCUGGAGCGCAUAGACGACGAUGACAAUGGAUUGGAAAGUGAUUUUGCAGUCCCGAUGGAUACAAUGCAGGCUGAACCUCCCCCUUUGGAAAUAAACUCCAGAGUAUCGCUGAAGGUCGGAGAAAGUGUAGAAUCUGGAACAAUAAUAUUCUGUGAUGUUUUGCCAGAAAAAGAGAGUCUAGGAUAUUUUGUUGGUGUGGACAUGGAUAACCCUAUUGGCAACUGGGAUGGAAUGUUUGAUGGAGUACAACUUUGUAGCUUUGCAAGUGUUGAAAGUACAAUUCUUCUGCACAUCAAUGAUAUCAUUCCAGGAUCUACCUCAGACCCUGGAAGUAAAAGCAGAUCUGAAUUAUUUUAUACCUUAAAUGGCUCAUCUGUUGACUCACAACAACAAACCAAAUCCAAAAAUUCAUGCGAUAUUGAUGAAGUUGCAGAAGACCCUGCAAAGUCACUAAGAGAGCUGUCUCCAGACUUUGGACAUUCAUCACCUCCACCACAACCUCCUUCCAUGAACUCCUUAUCCAGUGAGAACAGAUUGCACUCUCUACCGUUCAGCCUGACCAAGAUGCCCAAUACAAACGGCAGCAUUGCUCACAGCCCACUGUCACUGUCAGUGCAGUCUGUGACGGGCGAGCUGAACAGCACGCCUGUCCAGGAGAGUCCACCUUUGCCCAUCUCUUCUGGUAAUGCAUACGGCCUAGAGGUGGGCUCACUGGCUGAAGUGAAAAAGAAUCCCCCAUUCUAUGGGGUUAUCCGUUGGAUUGGCCAGCCGCCUGGGCUCCGUCACGUGCUAGCUGGGCUGGAACUGGAGGAUGAAUGUGCAGGCUGUACAGAUGGCAUGUUCAGGGGCACGCGCUAUUUCACCUGCGACGUGAAGAAGGCCCUGUUCGUGAAACUCAAGAGCUGCAGACCCGACUCUAGGUUUGCGUCCCUGCAGCCUGUUACUAAUCAGAUUGAAAGGUGUAACUCUUUAGAAUUUGUAGGCUACUUAAGUAAAGUAGUAGAAAAAAAUACUCCACCAAAGAUGAAAAAAGGUUUAAAGAUAAUGAUUGGAAAGAAGAAAGGCAUCCAGGGCCAUUACAAUUCUUGUUACUUGGACUCAACUUUAUUCUGCUUAUUUGCUUUUAGUUCUGUCCUGGAUACUGUGUUGCUCAGACCCAAGGAAAAGAAUGAUGUGGAGUAUUAUACUGAGACCCAGGAGCUACUGAGGACAGCAAUAGUCAAUCCUCUGAGAAUAUAUGGAUAUGUGUCUGCCACAAAAACUAUGAAACUGAGGAAAAUACUUGAAAAAGUUCCUGCUGCAUCAGGAUUUACAUCUGAAGAAAAAGAUCCUGAAGAAUUUCUAAAUAUCCUGUUUCAUGAUAUUUUAAGGGUUGAGCCAUUGUUAAAAAUAAGAUCAGCAGGUCAGAAAGUCCAAGACUGCGACUUCUAUCAGAUCUUUGUGGAAAAAAAUGAGAAAGUUGGAGUUCCUACAAUUCAACAGUUACUAGAAUGGUCUUUUAUCAACAGCAACCUAAAAUUUGCAGAGGCACCAUCAUGCUUGAUUAUUCAGAUGCCUCGGUUUGGAAAAGACUUCAAAAUGUUUGAAAAAAUUUUCCCUUCUCUAGAAUUAAAUAUAACGGAUUUGCUUGAAGACACUCCCAGGGAGUGUUGCAUCUGUGGAGGACUUGCGAUGUUUGAGUGUAGAGAUUGCUAUGAAGACCCCGACAUCACAGCAGGGAAGAUCAAGCAGUUCUGUAAGACCUGCUGCACUCAGGUUCACCUCCAUCCUAAGAAAAUGAAUCAUACCUAUCACCCAGUAUCACUUCCCAAAGACUUGCCUGACUGGGACUGGAGACACGGCUGCAUCCCCUGCCAGAAGAUGGAGUUAUUUGCUGUUCUCUGCAUAGAAACGAGCCACUAUGUUGCUUUUGUGAAGUAUGGGAAGGAUGAUUCAGCCUGGCUCUUCUUUGACAGCAUGGCUGAUCGAGAUGGGGGUCAGAAUGGCUUCAACAUUCCACAAGUGACACCCUGCCCUGAAGUGGGAGAGUACUUGAAGAUGUCUCUGGAGGAGCUGCACUCCUUGGAUUCCAGAAGGAUUCGAGGCUGUGCACGCAGACUUCUUUGUGAUGCGUACAUGUGCAUGUACCAAAGUCCAACCAUGAGCUUGUACAAAUAA